AUGAACAGGUCGAGAGAUUCAUUGUCUUCAUCAGAGGUUGAAGAAAUUGUUGUUGAAUAUUUUCCACAAGAACAAACACCACAAGCACAUGAAGUAUUUGGACAAGAAGGAGAUCAAUAUCAUCAUUCCGAUAAUUUAGCAAUGCAUUAUCCAAUUCAAACUCCUCUCCAAGAUGAAACGAACCUGUUGAUGGGCCAUAUUGAUUUCUUUAAUAAUAGUAAUAAUACACAUAAUGUUAAUGAUGGGACAAUCAUUAACAGAGCCAAUCCAAUUCUAAUAAGCACAAGACUAAAUACCCAGCCAAUCCUCAUCAAGAAAUCUUCCAGUCCUCAUCAACUUGUUCUGAAAAGCUUGAAACCAAACAAUAGGAUUUCAAAGCCAGCAAGAAAGUUGAAUAGUUCCACUUUAAAUUUGCUCAAAUAUGCCGAUCCAGAGUACAGAAGCAAAAGCACAAAUAUUCAAACUGAUGAAAAUGUAAAACCACAACUUCUCAACAAUUAG